AUCAAUUGUUGGAAAGGAAAUGGAGUAUGUUUACAGUUUAUUACUUAAACAUUAACUUCUCCUAAUUUAUGUGGCUGUCGUUUGACGUAUUACAUUUUAAAGCAUACGAAUAAACCAAAACUACAUUGACAGACACGGAAAUGCCUAAUACACCCGCUUAUACACCCGCUUCACUGGAAGGUGCCUCAGACAAACACGGCAACCAAACAUUUAAUAACGGCAUCGGCCUAAACAACACGGCGUCUUUCAGAGGAACAGGAAAAUUCAACAGCUGUUUUUUCAACGGUCCCGGCAGCAACAACAGCGUCAUUUUUAGCGGGGCUGGAAGUUUUAACAAGGUUUUUGUAAACGGAAUUGUGAACGGGAGUACGACCACUAUUGAAUUCUCCGGCGAUGGGAACAAGAUUUUCUUGAAUUCCUUGAACAAUGGGGAAACUUCUCGUAUCAGCGUCACGGGAAAUGGUGAGAACAUUUUCCGCAACGGCACAGAAAAAGUUUCUACCAACAGUAAUACCGUUUUUAUACAUGGUGAUAGAAAAAAGUCAUUUGAAGCGGCCCACCAGGCUCAAACAUCUGGAACCAAAGUAACACACAUGACCUGGGAUGAGUUCAUCGAGUUGACAAGGAAAGGGGCUGCGGAGGCGAAGCGGCAGUCCAGAUCAAAAGUCGUUGAUGCCGCACGUUUCUCUCGGGCCGUGCGGGGAAAAUCUGCUCCGGCGUCAGGGUCUGGCACCACGAGUAGAGACGCUGCUAGCGACCCCUGUAGCAGCACCGCAGAAAAUGUUAGCAGCACAAGUCACGGUGAACAAGCAACCAGUACCCCAGCAAAGGAGAAGAUGAGUCGCAGGACCCCAGCAAAUGAAAACAAAAGUCCUAACACCCCAGCACAUAAGAAUAUAAUUCGCAUCACACCAGCUAAUGACGCUAGACACAUAACCUUAACAGAUUUCAACUUACAUAACUUUAACCAGACAUGCCUCGACACAUUCGGUCCUAACUGCAGUAUAGUUGUAGAAGGUAUGCACAUAAUGAAUUUUAGGAUGUAAAAUUGUGUAACACUUUGUUGCCAGACAACUUAUCCCUUCCCAUGUCGAUCUAUCUUGCUGCUUCACUCACAACCCACCCACCCACACGCAUACGUCAGCGCCUCGGUCUACCCUCGUUUUCUGUCUGCCUGCCUGUCUGUCUGUGUGUGUCUGUCUCUGUCUUGACAUCCACAUUACCAAUGCCGCUUUGGUAUGGUUAAAGUAAAAGAAUUGUAGUUUGAGAAAAAUAAAUUUAGUAACCAAACACAUGUGUAUAUAUUAAUUAAAGUUUUGAUUGUGUAGAAGAUGUGUUGGAUAUCAUUGAAUAAUAAAGCGGGAGUUAUCUCCUCUAAAAGUUCU